GGAAGUUCUCUGCCAUUGGGUGAGGCGCGGAGGGAAGUGGAAGGCCGCCCAGAAACGUCAUCAUACUCUUCAAUGUGGAAGGUGAGCUUUUCGAGUUAUCGAAAGUGUUCAGAGAAGACGCAUUUCCUAUAGCUUAAUCAUUCAACAGGCACUUAUUAAGUGCAAAAUAAAGAUGGGUACUUUGAUGCUGAAUAUGCGGAAUCUGUUUGAGCAGCUUGUAUGCCGGAUGGAGAUUCUCAGUGAAGGAAAUGAAGUCCAAUUUAUCCAGUUGGCCAAGGACUUUGAAGAAUUCCGUAAAAAGUGGCAGAGAACAGAUCACGAGCUGGGCAAACACAAGGAUCUUUUGAUGAAAGUAGAGACUGAGCGUAGUGCUCUGGAUGUUAAGCUGAAGCAUGCACGCAAUCAGGUGGAGGUAGAGAUCAAACGGAGACAGCGAGCUGAGGCUGACUGUGAAAAGCUGGAAAGACAGAUUCAGCUGAUUCGAGAGAUGCUCAUGUGUGACACAUCUGGCAGCAUUCAACUAAGCGAGGAGCAAAGAUCAGCUCUGGCUUUUCUCAACAGAGGCCAACCGUCCAGCGGCAAUGCUGGGAACAAAAGACUGUCAACCAUUGAUGAAUCUGGCUCCAUUUUAUCAGAUAUCAGCUUUGACAAGACUGAUGAAUCGCUGGAUUGGGAUUCUUCUUUGGUAAAGACUUUUAAACUGAAGAAGAGAGAAAAGAGGCGCUCUAGUAACCAACAGUUCAUUGAUGGUCCCCCCGGACCUGUAAAGAAAACUCGUUCCAUUGGCUCCACAGCAGACCAGGGAAAUGAAUCCAUAGUUGCAAAAACUACAGUUACUGUUCCCAAUGAUGGCGGGCCCAUUGAAGCUGUGUUCACUACUGAGACUGUGCCAUGUUGGACCAGGAACCGAAGGAAAACAGGGACUUUACAGCCUUGGAAUAGUGACUCCACCUUGAGCAGCAGGCAGCCAGAGCCCAAAACCGACACAGACGGCUCCAACACUCCACAAAGCAAUGGAGGGAUGCGCCUGCAUGACUUUGUCUCUAAGACGGUUAUUAAACCCGAAUCUUGUGUACCAUGUGGAAAGCGAAUAAAGUUUGGCAAGCUAUCUCUAAAGUGUCGAGACUGUCGUGUGGUCUCUCAUCCAGAAUGUCAGGACCGCUGUCCCCUUCCCUGCAUUCCUACCCUGAUAGGAACACCUGUCAAGAUCGGAGAAGGAAUGCUGGCAGAUUAUGUGUCCCAGACUUCUCCAAUGAUCCCUUCAAUUGUUGUCCACUGUGUAAAUGAGAUUGAGCAGAGAGAGCUGACCGAGACAGGCCUGUAUCGGAUCUCAGGUUGUGACCGGACAGUAAAAGAGCUGAAAGAGAAAUUCCUCAGAGUGAAAACUGUACCCCUCCCCAGCAAAGUGGAUGACAUCCAUGCUAUCUGUAGCCUCCUGAAAGACUUCCUUCGAAACCUCAAAGAACCCCUUCUGACCAUUCGGCUAAACAAGACCUUUAUGGAAGCAGCAGAAAUCACAGAUGAGGACAACAGCAUAGCUGCCAUGUACCAGGCUGUUGGUGAACUGCCCCAGGCCAACAGAGACACAUUAGCUUUCCUCAUGAUUCACUUGCAGAGAGUGGCUCAGAGCCCAAGCACUAAAAUGGAUGUUGCCAAUCUGGCUAAAGUCUUUGGCCCUACAAUGGUUGCCCAUGCUGUGCCCAAUCCAGAUCCAGUGAUAAUGUUACAGGACAUCAAGCGUCAACCCAAGGUGAUAGAGCACCUGCUUUCACUACCCCUGGAAUACUGGAGUCAGUUCAUGAUGGUGGAACAAGAGAACAUUGACCCCAUGCAUGACAUCGAAAACUCAAAUGCCUUUUCAACACCACAGACCCCAGAUGUUAAAGUGAAUUUACUGGGGCCUGUGACCACUCCUGAGCAUCAGUUCCUCAAGACUCCUUCAUCCAGCUCCCUGUCACAGAGAGUCUGCUUCACCCUCACCAAGAACACUCCCAGAUUCGGGAGCAAAAGCAAGUCUGCCACCAACCUAGGACGACAAGGCAACUUUUUUGCUUCUCCAAUGCUCAAGUGAAGUCACAUCUCCUCUUACUUGCCAGCGUUUACUGACUACAAGGAAGGGCGCACCUGUACUCUCUGCUCUGCAGC